CACAAACAAACCUCAGCCUUUAAACCGCCUGUCGCCUUCAGUCGGCUCAUUGUCGGCAGCAGCACCAUGGAUCUAGCGGGUCAGGAUGCUGUGGUUAGGGGAGGCGUGCUGAUUUCCCAUCACAUCCACGAGGGAAAGCACCAGUACCAAGUGGAAAAUGUCAGGUUCAAAAAAGCGAGUGAAAAGGCGUUUGUCAGGAGAGGAGACAAACUGAUGCAAUUAAACGGCAAGGACCUGCAGGAUGUCACACCUGAGGAGUUGGCAGAGUCGUUGGCUAAAGAUAAUCCAAUGCUGACAGUGCACAAGGCCUGCAAGCAGACGAAGCCCACGGAGCAGUUCUUCUCAUCGGAAGACACUUUACAUCCCUUCUCCAAGGAGUCCACGGUGCUCAGCUUCAGCAUGGAUAUGAGGAGGAUGGAAGACCUGGAGCGGAGUGACGAGGGGGGCGUAGCACAGGAGGGGGGCGUGGCGCCGGAGGAUGUUUGCCAACCUGAGAGUGGAGGGAGAGGAGAUGUGCUCAUCAUAUCCAUGACGAAAACCAGCAUCUCUGUGGUGACUGGGAGGGGCUGCGACAGCGGGGGCCCCUGUGAGGGAUGUCCCGCGACGGGGUGCACCUUUAAUGACGUUGUGAUGGUGUCACAGUCCAGCCAGGUGGUGCUCGUUUCAAGAGGAGGAGGAAGCUUCAGUCAAAUAAAGUCAUUGGACACUCCAAUCGAACACUUGCCUUCUCAUCAAUACCUCAGAGGUCUCUGCUCACAGAAGAUCAUCUAUGCGUCACCGAACCCAGAGGAGAUGACCAUCUACUUUUACAAGGCAACCAGUUUCUCCUUCUUCAGAGGACAGCCAGUGGUACUAAACUUCAGCAAGUCCAACUGCUUCCUCAGGUGCUGCAAGGAAGGCGACAGGGUGUUCUUACAAGUUGAGACCUGCGAGAAGCAGAAGCUGAAGAAGAUCUGCAAGAGCGACGAGAUCGCCCUCUCCUUCGUCUUCUACAUGAAGACUGAUGGGACCAAAGAGCGGACGUUUGAGUCGGCGCUGCACGCCGACUGGUUCAUCAAAAUAGACACGUCCUUCGCUAACUCUGUGGGAAUGGCCAACCUGGAUGGAAGGAAGGGGGACGAAUCGUUCUUCUUCGUCAUACAGACUUGAGGGAGAGUCACUCGUGUCGGACGUAUUCUCAUUCAAAUUCACAUGCAGAAUUUCUUUAUGACAUUAUUUUAGAGAAAAGAAAAACAUGAGAUGAGAUUUUUGUUUCACCCACGAUGGCCAGUGACAGAAAUCAGAAGUCACUGCGUCAAAUUCUGCUUUUGCAGAAGAGCGUAGAUAUGUAUCAUACAACUAUAUCUGAUUAAUAAAUGUCUAGUGUUUAUGUAAUCCUGCAAUCAGUACUGUUGUUUAAGGCCUUUCGAGCGGAUUGUUGUUAAUAAAUUGUGU